ACAACAGUCAGAAAAAACAACACAAGGUUCACAAAAAGGAACACAGAGACAAAAAUAACGAAUCGAUAGAACAAAUCAAACGACAAAAAGGAAUAAAAGAAAAGAAGGACAUAUAGCCUCAGUAGCUGGUCCUAAACUAAAGAGGUUCGCAGUAAAACGCAACCACGGACUAGUAGCGGAGGGCCCAGGAAGCUGGACUCCGUAUACCGAACCGGGGUAUAACCUCAAAAAGAGAAGAAGAAGAAGAAGAACACCGGCAAAAAGCGGCAAACUACAACAAACCGCAUCAAAUAUCACCAUUAGCAAUGGCCAAACAUCAUCCGGAUCUCAUUUUCUGCCGCAAGCAACCGGGCGUGGCCAUUGGACGCCUGUGCGAAAAGUGCGAUGGAAAGUGCGUGAUUUGCGACUCGUACGUGCGACCGUGCACGUUGGUUCGUAUUUGUGACGAAUGUAACUACGGUUCGUACCAGGGCCGUUGCGUUAUUUGCGGUGGCCCUGGGGUGUCGGAUGCUUACUACUGCAAAGAGUGUACAAUCCAGGAAAAGGAUCGUGACGGAUGUCCCAAGAUCGUGAACCUUGGCAGCUCAAAGACGGAUCUUUUCUACGAGCGGAAAAAGUACGGCUUCAAGAGAUAAGCGUAAUUGUAACCUUGCUUCAAUUCUAACUGCGUAAACCCCUCGGGUAUCCUAGUUAAGAUAUAAAUAAACAAUUCGUACAACAGCUACUAUUGUGCUGUACAUUA